AUUAAUGAAUAUGUUCGGGCAGAUAUGCAAAAUUUAAAACUCAAGUCGACUCUCCGACAUCGGAGAAAGAGCAAGCAAGUGAGAAAACAGAGUUUGUUUUUCAAUCCCCAAUUCGAAACCCUAAUCCUCAAUCUCUCGUGAAUUUUCUGAGAAGCUUGAAGGUAUAGUAAAAUUGCACACGAUUCGAAGUGGAAUGGUGAAAUCAAUCGAAGAAGUGAGCUCUGAUUCGACCAACAAUGGCACAGUCGAGAUCACGUACAAAACCAUCGGCCCAGCUCGGCCGUCUCAAAUUCGUGUGGCGUCUCAUAUCAAAGUUCGUGAUUUGAGAUAUGCAAUUGCGGCUAAGGGUAACUAUCCCGUGGAAAAUUUAAGAGUGAUUCUUCGUGGAAAGGCACUGCAAGACGAAGAAGAUGGAGAUGAUUUAUACGUUACACUUAAGGACCAAGAUUCCUUUAUCGUUGCUGUAAUACCAAAGGCACCAGCUGGAGCUGAGAUCUUUGAGGACGAUGAUGAUGAUUUGAAGUUUAAGCUCCCACCGUCAGCAAGCCGGUGGAAGAGGAAGCUUUACUACUUUCUUCGUAACAAGUUGAAGUUUCCAGAUAUCAUACUUAUGGGAAUUUUCUCUUUAAGUCUGAAGAUGUGGGUUAUUAUCACCUUAUGGUUUAUCUUGGCGCCUAUUGCCCAUCGUUGGGACCUUGGCCCUAUAUUUUUACUAGGGACUGGCUUUUCAAUCAUCUUGCUCAAUCUUGGUAAACGACAGCCUGGUGAUGUUAGUGCAUAUUCCAUAUUCAACGAGGACUUUAGAGAGCUUCCGGGUACAUACAAUGCAGAUCGUAUAGACCGGGACAUACGAGCAGGCCAGAUAUGAUGCAGAAUUGCUUCAAAACCACUGCUUGGUAAGAUUCACACAACAGACAAAAAGUAUAUAUAUACUUGUUAUAAUCCAAUGUGCAACCAAGAUCAGUGGUUUUUUUUUUGUCCUGUCCGAUUGAGACACAAGACAGAGCAUGACAGUACUUAGAGACCAAAAUUCCCAUUGAUGUACAUACGUGAUCUAAUAUCUUUCUAAUUCCAUGAUCGAUGGUCCGUGUUGUACUCGAAUAUUAAGAUUCCAUUACGUAUAAAAAUAAAUAUAAGUGUGAUGGUUGUAAGAUUUUUUUUUGA